GAAGCCUCCCGCCGAGCGCGCAGCAGCCCUGGUGCCGGGCGCAGGCUGGACGCAUCAACUCGCACCCAGAGGUGGGAACCACUGGCCAGGCCCUGACCAGUUUUUUGUUCCCAAGAGGCUUCAGCCCCACCAGGACGUGUUUUUUUAAGGCCAUCCCUAACUGCAGCCCAGACAAGGCCUGGCCACUGCCCUGCAGGGGCUGAGCUUUGGCGUGACGUCAGAGCUCUGCCUCCGGCCCAGCUUAGGCACCACAGCAUGCAGCCCCACGAGAGCAGUGUCCACUAUAGCAAGUGGGACGACAGCAGCAGGGACGAGGUCAGCAUGGCUGCUGUGUCCAGCACAGAAGAGGCCUCCUGUGGCAGGAGGGUCGCCCAGAAGCUGUGCUCGGGCAAGCUGGGGAUUGCCAUGAAGGUGCUGGGCGGAGUGGCCCUCUUCUGGGUCACCUUCAUCCUGGGCUAUGUCACAGGCUACUACGUGCACAAGUGCAAAUAAAGGCUGCCCCCCUCGCA